AAACGAUAGUGUUUUUCUUUUCCUAAAACAGUGGCUGCAACCACCAAAUUACAGCCCCCUACUCCAGCUCAAAGGCCCACAAACGAUAAGGAAAACCAAAACCAAAAUGGCUGAAAACCGAACAGUCCGUUUCGGCAUUAUAGGAUGUGCCGGCAUAGCUAGAAAAGUGGCUCGAGCCAUUAAGAUCGCACCGAAUUCCACCCUCUACGCCAUUGCCAGCCGUUCGAUCGAGAAAGCCCAGAAAUUCGCAGGCAACAAUGGAUUAUCUGGGACCGUCAAGACCUACGGGAGCUAUGAUCAGCUGCUGGAUGACCCAUGUGUAGAUGCAGUGUACAUGCCCCUUCCCACUAGUCUUCAUCUGCACUGGGCGGUGUUAGCUGCCCAAAAGAAGAAGCACUUGCUGCUGGAAAAACCGGCGGCUCUUGAUGUGGGUGAGCUUGAUCAGAUAUUGGAAGCAUGUGAAUCCAACGGUGUACAGUUCAUGGAUGGGAUUAUGUGGCUUCAUCACCCUAGGACUGCCAAAUUGAAGGAGUUAAUCUCUGAAUCCAACCAUUUUGGUCAAAUUGACAUUAUCCGUAGCACAUCGACAAAGUCAGUAACCCAGGAUUUUCGGGAGAGCAACAUAAGAGUGAAACCGGACUUGGAUGCUCUGGGUGCGCUUGGGGACCUAGGCUGGUACUGCAUUGGGGCCAUCUUGUGGGCAAAGAACUACAAAUUACCAACUGUGGUGAAUGCUCUGCCUGAUGUCACCAAAAACUCUGCAGGGGUCAUCUUGUCUUGCACUGCAUCAUUUCAUUGGGAACCACUAGACGAAACGGUUGCAACGAUUCACUGCUCUUUUCUUUCCCACACAUCCAUGGACUUGGCCAUAUCGGGCCGCAAUGGUUCGCUGCACUGCAACGACUACAUUAUUCCAUACCAAGAGAAAUCUGCUUCGUUUGACUUCACAUCUGGUGCAACGUUCGUGGAACUCCAUAUUGGGCGGAAUGUAAGGCCUGAAGAAGUUAGAGUGAUUUCUGAGCUGCCGCAAGAGGCCUUGAUGGUUGAAGAGUUUGCAAGGCUUGUUAAGGGCAUUAUGAAAUUUGGACACCGUCCAGAGAGUAAAUGGCCCGAGAUUAGUAGAAAUACGCAGGUAGUAUUGGAUGCAGUGAAGAAAUCCAUUGAUCUUGGUUGUAAACCUGUUGAGUUGUAAUUACUUUUGUUGGAUUUGAGCUCAUAUGCUUUCCUAGUUA